AAGUGACAGCAAAUUUGCUUUUGACAAAUUCUGAGCUGACGAGAUAUUUGUUGGCAAAACUGCCAACGGAGGUCUGGAAGUGGUCCGGCUACAAAAUAAACAAUGAAGACACGUUUUAACACCUUCGACAUAAUAUGUGGCGUCACCGAGCUGCAAAAGCUCGUUGGCAUGCGAGUGAAUCAAAUUUACGACAUCGAUAAUAAGACCUACUUGAUCCGAUUGCAACAGUCCGAAACAAAAUGCGUGCUCCUGUUAGAAUCCGGGACGCGCUUCCACACAACCAGCUUCGAGUGGCCGAAAAAUGUGGCCCCGUCGGGCUUCACCAUGAAACUGCGGAAGCAUUUGAAGAACAAAAGGUUGGAGAAGCUGGAGCAGUUCGGCAUCGAUCGAAUCGUGGGAUUCCAAUUCGGGACAGGCGAGGCUGCGUACCAUGUGAUUCUGGAACUCUACGACAGAGGAAACAUCAUUUUGGCCGACCAUGAGUUGACAAUUUUGAAUAUUCUGCGGCCGCACACGGAGGGCGAGGAAGUCCGGUUCGCUGUGCGCGAGAAGUAUCCAACGAAUCGUGCCAAGGAGUGCGGAGGGAAAAUAACGGAGGAAGCUCUUAGGGAGAUCCUAAAUAAUGCAAAGCCUGGGGAUAAUUUGCGCAGGGUUUUGACCCCUGUUUUGGAUUGUGGACCUGCCGUCAUUGAGCAUAUUCUCCAUAAAAAUGACUUGGCAAACUCCUGCAUCGCGGGAGACUCGAAAGCUGAAGACGAUGCUGCCGAUAAUCAACCGAAAAAGAACCGAAAGCAAAGGAAAAAGGACGGCGAAGGUUCAAAUUCGCAACCAUUCAAUUUGGAAACGGAUCUUCCGCGACUCAUUGCAGCACUCAAGGAGGCAGACGAAAUUAUCCAAAAUGCCCGCACUAAUCCGUCCAAAGGGUACAUUAUCCAGAAGAAAGAAGCGAAACCGAUCCAGGAGGAUGGCACCGAAGAGUUCUUCUUCCACAACAUCGAGUACCACCCGGCGCUGCUCGCGCAACACAAAGAUCAGCCUUACAAAGAGUUCGAAACGUUUAUGGCUGCCGUGGAUGAAUUUUAUUCGACGCUGGAGGGCCAGAAAAUCGACAUGAAGGCGAUGCAUCAGGAGCGCGAAGCUUUGAAAAAGUUGUCGAAUGUGAAAAAGGAUCACGCCAAGCGUUUGGAGGAGCUCAGCAAAGUGCAGGAGGGCGACAAACAGAAAGCCGAGCUGAUCACUCGCAAUCAGCAAUUAGUGGACAAUGCGAUAUUGGCCAUGCGGAGCGCCAUUGCGAACCAGAUGUCCUGGACGGAUAUCCACGAGCUUGUGAAAGCGGCUCAGGCCAAUGCAGACCCCGUGGCCAAGACGAUCAAGCAGCUCAAGCUUGAAAUAAAUCACGUGACGCUGUUCCUUCAAGAUCCUUACCGCGGCUAUGAAGAGGACGAGGCCGACGAAAACGAGGACGACGAGUUUCUGCCGUCGAUGCUCGUUGACAUCGACUUAGGGUUGUCGGCAUUCGCGAAUGCGCGCAAAUAUUACGACCAAAAGCGAAACGCUGCCAAAAAGGAACAGCGAACAAUCGACGCUUCUGAAAAGGCCUUGAAGUCGGCGGAGAAGAAAACUCAGCAAACCCUUAAGGAGGUCCGUACAAUUUCCACGAUUUCAAAGGCGAGGAAGGUCUACUGGUUCGAGAAGUUCUACUGGUUCAUUAGUUCAGAAAAUUAUCUUGUGAUAGGCGGCCGAGAUGGGCAGCAAAACGAGCUGAUCGUCAAGCGCUACAUGCGACCCACAGACAUAUACGUCCACGCCGAAAUUCAGGGAGCUUCCAGCGUUAUCAUCCGCAAUCCUACGGGCAACGAAGUGCCGCCCAAGACCCUUUUAGAAGCCGGAACCAUGGCCAUCUCGUACAGUGUCGCUUGGGAUGCGAAAGUAGUCACUAACGCGUACUGGGUGAAGAGCGAGCAAGUGAGUAAGACAGCUCCGACUGGAGAGUACCUGACAACCGGUAGCUUCAUGAUCCGAGGCAAAAAGAACUUCCUGCCGCCGUGCCAUUUGAUUAUGGGCCUUAGUUUGCUCUUCAAACUUGAAGAUGGUUCAAUUGAGCGACAUCGGGGCGAACGGAGAGUCAGAACCUUCGACGAGGAGGCCGCAAUCUAUAAAUUGAAUCAGCUGGAAAUCGAAAAUGAGAAAUUGGAGAGCGUACAGGAGGAGGAGGACAUCGCACUUGACAAUGAUUCCGAUAAUCCGGAAACAGGUGAGAAGUCUGAGAAAGGCAAGAGCAAUGCCACCUCAGACAGCGAGAGCGACUCGGACACAGAGGCCCAAUUCCCGGACACGCAUAUUAAAAUUGAGCACGACACCGGCAAGGUAACUGUGAAGACGGAUCAAAAGUUGGAAAGUCUUACGAGUCCACAAGAGGAAAAGAAAGAACCUUUCGAAAUAAGUAAAAAGGAGGAACAGGAUACAGAAGAAGCGCCUUAUAUAGUUUCCUCCCUUCCUCCGCGAAGAAAACAACAGUCGGCUGCCAAGAAAAAGAAGCAGGAACAGGAGCGCAAGGCCGCUGAUCAAAGGCAACAGCAGCAACAGAGGCUCCAAGACGACGAAAGGAAAGCUUCGCAAGUGAAACGUGGCCAGCGGGGCAAGAUGAAGAAGAUCAAAUCGAAAUACCGGGAUCAGGACGAAGAGGAGCGGCAGAUGCGUAUGGAAAUCCUAAAGUCGGCGGGGCCAAACAAAGCAAAACAGGCGACCGAUAAGCAGAUCGAGGAUGAGACGCAGACUAAAAAGUAUCCUAACAAGUCGCAAGAAGCAAGGCGUCAGCAGCAAGAGGAGGCCGAGGAUUUGGACGACACUCCCGCGAAUGCGGACGUGGAAAUGCUGGACUCGUUGACUGGCCAGCCCGUCGAUGAAGAUGAGCUUCUGUUCGCCAUUCCCAUUGUUGCACCUUAUCAAGCACUCCAGAAUUAUAAAUAUAAAGUAAAAUUAACCCCCGGAACCGGUAAACGUGGAAAAGCCUCAAAGAUGGCUUUGCUUAUGUUCAGUAAAGACCGAGCUUGUACGCAACGUGAAAAGGAUUUGCUCAAAGGCGUGAAAGAGGAAGCACUAGCACGAAAUAUCCCUGGCAAAGUGAAACUUUCGGCUCCCCAAUUACAGAAAUUCAGGAAAUAAUCAGAAAAAUUGACAACGAUAUUAGUAACAAAUGGAACGAAGGAUAUUCUUGAAAAUAUGAAUUGAAUUAAUGAAGUUACUUUGUCUGUUGAGAGUUAUGCCUAAUAAACUGGAAUUUAUCUUGUUUUGUA